AUGCGCAUCUGCGCCUUCGUCAUCCUCGCCCUGCUAAUAGUCGCCAACCUAACCAUGCGCACUGCCACACUGCCACCCCUCCAGAGGCUCACGCGGCAGCAGCUGGUCAAGCCGCUGGGCGAGCUGCAGUUCGUCCUGCUGGCGCUGGGGGGAUCCUGCUUCUUCACCUUCGGCUUCUUCAUUCCAGUCAACCAGCUCCCAAGCCAGGCGCUGGACGCCGGCAUGCCCGCCACCAUAUCCGACUACCUGGUGCCCAUUCUGAACGCGGGCUCGCUCGUCGGGCGGCUCACCUCGGCCCUCUGGCUCCCCGCCGCCUCUAGCGCAGCCCUAAUCGCCUUCGCCGUACUUUUCGGUUUCUUCUCCGGCGCCUACGUUUCCCUGCUGAGCCCACUGGCGCUGCGUGUCUCGCCACAACACGAGCUCGGCUUCCGCUCCGGCAUCAUCAUGUUCAUAUCCGCCAUCGCCGGCCUGCUAACCAACCCUAUUAACGGCGCCAUCCUGGAUAGCAGUCCUGCCGAAUGGGUGGGGCUGAAAAUCUUCUCUGAUAUCUUCACCCUGGCAGGGACGACCUGUGUGCUAGUCGCACGCGUGCGACUGACAAGGUGCAAGGUUUUGAAGGUGUGCUAAUGCUGGCGAGUCAUCUUAGGGCCUAAAGGUAUUUCAGCCCCUUCCCCCGGUGGGGGUGGUCUUGUUGUACAUAGUAAGAAUAUCUUGCCAGGAGCGGGCUAGCUGGGGGGGAAGAUGUGGGAAAUAGAAGGUAUACUGGUAUCUAUUUUCUAUUAUUUUAAUCAGAG